AUGAACGCCGUCGUCAACACCGUUGCCAGCCACGAUGCUGUGCCCUAUGCCCCCUCCGGCAACUUCUAUCGCGAUCUCCAGAGUCAACAGCCUCCAUCUCCAAGCUCGCCUACAUCACCGACUUCCUCCGUCUCGUCGUUCCGUUCCAAUUACAGUGUCGCGUCCACCGCGCCCACCUCUGCCUACUCUCCGACAUCGCCUACUUCCUCCGCAUCUUGGCGCCUGUGCGAUUCCGCUGCUUCUCUCGAUCGUAUCCUCGAGCCCGUGAUCAAGCGUCUGCCCCAGGAGGUCUAUGAUGUUAUUCUCGCCCAGCUUGAGACCCUGCAUACCGGCUGCCACCAGAAUGGCUGUGUGACCUGCUUCCAGCGCGAUCUGCAUUCCCUCUCCCUCACCUGCCGCGUCUGGGAGAAGGCGGUGCGUGCCAAACUAUACAAUCGUAUCCAUAUUGUUGGAAAUGAUUCCCCCGCACAACUCAAGAAGUACCGGCUCAAACGCGGCAGUCGUCUGAAGUUGCUCCGUCGUACCCUACGGGAAAGGAAAUUGCUGGCCAACCUGGUUCUCGAACUCCGCGUUCCCCAGAUGGAAUUGCUCUUCACUUCCGGGAAACACGUCGGUCAAUGGGAGGAAUAUCGCGAUCUCGUCGCCUCUGUCGUCAUGGUCUGUCCCAAUCUCGAACGUCUGCUUGGCCUCUCCAUUCCAUACCAUCACGAAUUCGACCGUCUCACACACGCCCUCUCCACCCGCAAAAAGCUCAAGGAACACACCUGGAUUAUUGGCGAGGCCCGCGAGACCUCUGAGGCAUCCGAGUUGUCUCCACGCAUUUCUUCAUGCCCCGGUAGUCUUGGACCCCUCCAGAUGUUUGAGUUCCUCGACUACCACGCUUCCUGGUCUCAUAUGGAGACCAUGACCCUUUACGCCCUCGACGAGCACAAGAGCACCCUCGAACCCAGCAUUUUCCUACGCAUGCUCACCAUGCUGCCCUCCCUUCGACAUCUUUGUAUAACUGGCUUCCAUGCAGAUGCCUUUGCCGACAGCGCUCUGCUCUGUCUUCCGCCCCUCGAGUCCUUGCGUCUCGAGCGUCUUCCCGGUGUCACCGACACCGGUCUGACCCAAUACACCUCGCGGCCCGAGUCACAGUCCCUGAAGUCGCUGACCUUGAUUGAGCAGAAGGUUGAGUCGUUACUGGUCAUUUCCAAGAUUCUCUCCUCUCUGUGCCAGCUGGAGCGUUUCCAGAUUGUCCAAUCCGACACAUGCCCACAGGUCGAACCCGAUGCCAUGGUAUUCCAACCUCUGCUGGCCUCCUCCACCCUGAAAUACUUGCAUUGGGAUGUCGCCGUCCCGAAUCCCGGCACGGCGUUGAGCAAGCUGGACUAUGCCCCCUUUGUCAAGCCUCCUAAGCACACCGAUACCCCCAACUCCCACCUCGCCCAGAGCAUCAUCUCUUCAGGAUUUCCGCGUCUCGAGGCGCUGCGCGCCCCGUCUGAUAUCGAGCCCCCAGGCGUCCUGCAAGGCGUCUGCCAACCGAUUCCCAAGGGACAGGCUCUGCUUCAGCCCGAUCGCUACAGUCUACCUCGCAGCUCUCACGGCUCCGUCAAAGCACGACCUAUGGCUCUUCCUGCGGGUAACAAUCUGACGUCGGCUCGCAUCCGUGCCCAGACAUUCAUCGAUAUGGCCGCCAAGGACAACGAAACUGGGAUGAGAUGUUUGAUUACAGACCACUCGGAUUCCUACGUACCCGACAAUGCGCUGGAGGACGCUGAGUCUGACGAUGACGAUGAUUUCGAUGCCGACAUGGAAGCUUUUGGGUCUUGGUCAGCCCGCGAGCGGCCUCAGCUCAAUCCCACAGCGGCAGCAGAGCAAAAACAAUCGGAUGGACCAGUCACGGUAUUUGAUUUUCACAUGCCUGCAUAUAUGGGCCGUAUAGGCUCGCGGUCAGGUGAUCGGGACGUGUCAAUUCCAAAGUUCAUUUUGCGUCCCGAUCUCCCUGGACAAGACGCGGAUGGUGGUCUCGUCGCGUGGAAACACAUUUUGGCGUCCAACCAGUCUCUCAACUAUGCAGCUGGUGUUGGGGUACAUUGCUUUGGGAAUAAAACAGGGUCACGACCACCUCCGGAGGAGCCAGCUUCUCCAGCAUCGACAACAAUUGCAACGCCACGGUUAUGGGGUAGUAUUGGCAGUCGAUCCAUGAUGUCCCUCAACACCGUCAACAGUCCAGCAACGCCCACGACUCCCUCAACGCCAAUGAGUUUUGGAGCAACACCACAUCUCCCCUGGGAGAAAGAGACUUGCACAGGGUCAUGGAAUUACGGGCACAAGAACGGUCGAGAUUGGUGGUUUCACAUGGAACGGGAACGUCCAAAUCAUCUGGACGUGAUUGAUCUUAAGCGGCUAUUUUAG